GCAGACGAGGUCAAAAUGGCGACUUGCUGAAUGUGAAGAGGACAUAAGGGAACCGGCUUUAUGCUACAAAAACAUGUACAAAACGCCAUGUAGCAGACUCACAGGUCUGGUUGGUGCCAGUGUGAGUGGUAACCAGAAACUAUUAGGUAGGAAUGCCCCUAGGAAUCACCAGAGUGCUCGCAGCCUCAUCCAGCUGUCCAGGAGAGACCCAUCACAAUGGAUCACAUUCCAGCACCUCAACUUCUUGAAGCGCCAGUAUGUGAUGACGAGUAACAAUGCCCUCUAUCAGAGAGCUGAUCCUAAGCAGACAGCCAUCUUGACCGUCCUGGAGGACCAUCGUGAUGGCGGCGUGGACAGACAGAUCCAGCAGGUCCCAACCAUCGACCAUGUGCCUGUGGUCACUGAUGUCACACCACCUCCACUACAGCCAGAGACCACAACCACAAAUGUGACCGCAACACCGGUCUCAAGUCCUGUCUCGACUGUGUCAGCACAGGAGAUACUUACUCUGUUGAAAGCAACCUCCAGCAAGACUGUGUCACCACCACAGACGAAGGCUGUGUCCAGUGCAGUAGAGUCUGGGACUGAGAUGUUAGAGGUUCCCCAUCUGCAGGUGGAGUCAGAUGAAGCCAGGGAGGCUCGGCUGGACAGGCAGUGGAAGGAACUCAAGGUGGACCUGGCUGAACUUCCAGAUGUGUACGCUAAACUUGCCAAAAUCAAACUCACAGCGUUAGUAGUGUGGACGGCAGCAGCUGGUUUUGCCAUGGCUCCAGUACCCUUUGACCCUGCCACCUUCUUCUUGGCAUCCCUUGGGACAGGGCUUGCCUCCUGCACCGCGAACUCCAUCAACCAGUACUUUGAGGUGCCCUUUGACUCCAACAUGAACCGCACAAAGAACCGGCCCCUGGUCAGAGGACAGAUAAGUCCUCUCCAUGCGGUGGGCUUUGCCUUAGCCUGUGGGGUCCCUGGUAUCACCCUGUUGACCCUGGCUGUGAACCCUCUAACAGGGGCCUUGGGGGCCCUCAACAUCUUCCUCUACACCUGCUGUUACACCCCCCUGAAGAGGCUCAGCAUCACCAACACCUGGGUGGGGGCUGUGGUGGGGGCCAUUCCCCCCGUCAUGGGCUGGACGGCUGCUACAGGUGCUCUGGAUCCAGGUGCUCUGUUGCUUGGUGGCUUCCUGUACUGCUGGCAGUUCCCCCACUUCAACGCUCUGAGCUGGAACCUGCGUGAGGACUAUUCCCGGGGGGGCUACCGCAUGAUGUCUGUCACCCACCCGGGCAUGUGUAAGAGGGUGGCCCUGCGCCACAGUUUGGGUCUGAUCGGUCUCUCGGCCAUGGGCCCCGUGCUGGACGUCACCACCUGGACCUUCCCUCUGGUCUCCCUGCCCAUCAACCUCUACAUCAGUUAUCUGGCUUUCUGCUUCUACCAGAAGGGAGACCGCAGCUCCGCCCGCAAGCUCUUCUUCUGCAGUCUGUGGCACCUGCCUAUGUUGUUGCUGCUGGCGCUCACCUGUAAGAAGUCCUGGACUGACCCAGAGGGCGUGGCUAAGACCUCAACCCUGCCCCUCACCCUGCAGCACUAAAGUAGCCCCUCAGACCCCCACCACCACGUGCAACCUCCAACUCCCAACACACUGGCCGUUACUUUUUCCAACCUCCCCUCGUACAAUUGGAGGUAAUCUCUUACGUUGUCUCCCUCCCUCUGCCUCUAUCCUGAGAGGGAGACUAGGGACACACAUUUAAUCUGCGUCUGAGUGUGUACAUAUGUCUGUCGACUUAUGGUGGUCACUAACUGCAACUCUCCAAGACAAAGGGACGGGGUGGAAGCAACAUGGCUGAAAUGGUUGAUCAACAAAAACCACACACAAAUUGUGAAUUCCUGAAAUGACUUCAGGGUGUAAUUAAUCAUUUCAGUGUGUGUGUGUGUAUAUAUAAUGUAUUUAUAUUGGAAGGCUGCCCUCUAGUCCCUGUCCAUGUUGUACAUGACUGUUGUUAAUAAGGUUGUAUAAAUUUAAAAUAAGGUACAGUAUCAAUUGCUCCUAUGGGUUCGCAAUAGGGCAACAAUCUGCAAAGAAACCCAUGCAUUAUAUCAAACCAAGAUGAUGUAAACAAAGAAACCCAUGCAUUAUAUCAAACCAAGAUGAUGUAAACAAAGAAACCCAUGCAUUAUAUCAAACCAAGAUGAUGUAAACAAAGAAACCCAUGCAUUAUAUCAAACCAAGAUGAUGUAAACAAAGAAAAGCUAGAAAACUUUAAUGGCCACAACGACGUGUAAGAUAAAUGAGGGACAACAGUAAAGAUUUGUUCAUCAAUCUUUGAAAUAAACGAAUAAGGAAAGCAACCAAGCCACUGAAAUGCAAUUAGAACUUGUUUCUUGAUUUUAGCUAUUGCUAAUGUUACUUGACUGUAACGAUUGUCUAUAUGCCUCUUGGUUUUUGCUGUUCAGCAAACUCAUUGGAGGGUAUUAUUCUGUCUGCUACAUACUGCUCAAACUCUACACGGUUCACCUGCACCAAAACACAAGAGAACAGUUGACCUUUUAAGAGAGACAAAAUGGUUACGAAUGUUCUCUUACAAUAAACGUCUUAUGAUUUA